CACAUCGUACUAAAUACAUUCUGUGUAACAUCAAUUCUACAGCUUUUUGCAUCUGAGGAUUACUUCCUGCAACAACUACAUACAUUGGCAACAUGGGACUCAAUUAGAAGAAUAAAUAUAUGGAAUUUCUACAUAAGUCUCCCUAGAUUUCAGCUGUUCAAGAAAUCUCCAUAUUACCACCAAACAUAAAUAUCCUAUUCAAGUACCAACUUAAUAUAAAUAUUAAAAUAAUCACCCACAUAAGUAACUUCAACUUUAAAAGCUAUUAUUUAAAUCUGUGUCAAGAUUUCCCUUGUAAUAAGAGAGUUUCAAAUCUCGCGCCAAACAUCACAGCUGAUUUCAACCAUUUACAUUGGAGAGGGAGCACUAAACAUGGCUAUAUUGUUUGCCACGUUGUAUUUUAUAUUAACAUUACUACCGUAUUUUAUACAGAUAUGUGAUAGCGAAACAACUGUCCCAUGGUAUGAAUCUCUACCUGCUGUUGCAAUGGACUACAAGGUCCAUAUUGAUCCCGGAAAGGAAGAUUGUUACUUCCAAUAUGUAAAUCCCGGCGCAACUUUCUACGUCAGCUUUCAAGUAUUGAGAGGCGGUGAUGGCAUGGCUGGGUUUGCUGUGAGACAUCCCAAUGGUCAGAUUGUGCAUCCAUAUCAGUGGCGACCAAAUGCAGAUUAUCAGGAUCAAGCUUCAACUGGAGGCUACUACAGUGUCUGCAUUGAUAAUCAGUUUUCCAGAUUUGCAGCAAAACUAGUAAAUCUGUACCUUACUGUCAUUAGGUAUGACCAGUGGGAUAAAUUUACCAAGGAAGUUGAAGAAUUAAACCUUAGUGUGGGAAAUUUUACUGAGUCCAUUAAAGGAGUGGAGCGUAACAUCAACGAAAUGUUGCAGUAUCAGCAUCACACCAGAGGAAGGGAAACUUGGGACUAUAAUCUGUUAGAAGUCAACAACCGCUAUGUACAAAACUGGUCUAUUGCUCAGAUUCUUGUCAUAACUUUUACCACUGUGCUGCAAGUUUAUUUUGUUCGCAAGCUUUUCGAGAUAAAGAAUGCCAGACCAAGGGCAUGAAUUUGUGAUGUUUCAUAUCAACAUUAAGGACGAUGAAUGGAGCUUAGGAAUACAGGGAUCUGAUUUUUCUUUAAAAUUAAGUUGUUUACAAACUGCAGUAUUAUGAGUAAUGUCAGUAUGAUUUAUGAUGAGAUAGUUUUGACAAGCAUGUACAAUACAGAAUUUAAGUGUAUCUAGCCAAGAAAAUGUGGAACAACUGAAGAGAGGAAGUGCUUGCUUACUAGGUCACCUUGGUAAAGGUAUGUUUUUUAUAGCUACAAGUAGAAAUCAUUCCUGCCUUUUUUAUUAUUUAAAGCAAUUUUUAAAUCUAUUUAAAAUGGUGAAAUAAUUAUGGUCUGGCACUGUUAUGACAUGCACAUGUAUUUUCUUACACUAUUUUAUAUUUGCUAACACGCAAGUACUAAAUUAUGUGACUGUUAUUGGUAAUUUGUGUUUAACUUGUUUUGACAAAAUGUAUAUACUUUUAAAUAAACAUAUUUUUAUAACA